AAAACACCCACACAAGGGCAGCCCAUCCCCAAGUCAUCGGGGCCGAGUUCUUCCUCUUCCGUCGAGGCGUCGCCGUCGUAUCGCAUUUAUCCAGCUCCGAGAUCCCAGAACAAGAGUCGUGUAAGUCGCCGUGACCAAGAUAUAUCUUUCCUAGUCAACAGCACGAACACAAUCAUGUCGUCGCGUCUGCCUGCAAAAUCACUUUCCGUGACAUCCCUCGCUUGCUUCGCGAUCGUGUGCACUUGGUCAACAUCGCGUCGAACUAUUGCUAACAAUGGCUUCGUCCAGUGAUAUCGUCGCGCGUCGCGCAGGGCUUAAUUUGGUGGAACACCGUCAUAUCGCACCUCAUUAUUGGAACAAUUCAAGCAUUGCGCUUGUCAAUACUCAUAUCCGCAUAUCGUGUUGAUUUGACGAUCGUCCCCACCCGUAAAAUACCUCGAGUGCCAACCGACUGUACCCUCUGCAUGUCAAGCCAGCUGUAGCCAUGAGUACAAAGCUAGAAAACGAGGCAGAGGAUGCCAACAUCUCAUAUCCCUCGCCCGGCACCGAGGCAAUGGAAGCUGGCCCUUUUUACAACACCAGUGGCCGAGACGUCCCUCAGGACCACCAAGAGCACGAGCAUCAUGAGCAUCAUGAGUCCCAUCACGAGCCUCAUCACGAACAGUCAGAUCAUCAUGCGCCGGAACAAGUACAACAUGUGCAAGUUCCAGAGCACAAUCAGAACGACUUGCAACCUCCAGAACCGGAAACCCCUCAGCAGCACGUCCCUCGUCCUGCCAACCUGGAAGAGCUUCAGCUGGCAGCCCAGUUAGGCCAGGGUCUAGCUGGAGCACCCAUGAUGUCAGCCACAGACCCCAACAUGAACGUCGAGGACCCCAACCUGCGAAGCAUCAUGCCUCACCCUGACCCCGAGCAGCAGCAGCAGACACCGUCCUAUGUUCACGAUACUCCGACGAGCGACCAAAUGGUAUCGCACGCCAUGUCUGUUUCUGUUGGGCCACCAAUGGGCCCCCAAUAUCCCAUCGACAACAGCAUCCCACCCAGAAAACGAUCAAAGGUGUCAAGGGCAUGCGAUGAGUGCCGGAGGAAAAAAAUCAAGUGUGACGCCCAGUCGGAUACUGGGGACGCACCCUGUUCCAGUUGCGCUAGGUCAUCCAUCAGAUGCCUAUUCAGCCGCGUGCCGCAGAAAAGGGGUCCAAGUAAAGGAUAUAUCAAAGAACUUGCAGAUCGUAUACAUAGCAUCGAAAACAAGCUUGAGUCUGAUGGAGGUCUGAGUCAAGACGACAUCGACAGACUCUUUUCCACAGAUCGACCUCGGCAAAGCCAAGGCGAGGAGGCGGCUCGAAAACGACCCUUUUCCAGUAUCUCGACAAACGAUUUUGUUACACCCUCGCGACAAAUGCCAUGGGGCUCGGACCACAGGAUGCAGGCCUCGCCAGGGACUUCUGAAGCAUACUCAGCUUACAACAACAACAACUCGUUGGCACCACAAGCUACAUCCAUCAGGGCAGACAGUACGCCCUCUAAACCUCCCGUGGCUGCUAUGGACGUGUCAAUGCCAGAUACCCAUGAGACCGUUGACAUCGACGAAAGCAUGCUACAGAGUUAUUUGUCAACUGUCGGCCCUGUGUAUCCGAUAUUGCCAAGCACAAAGAGUCGAAUGCAGGCGUUACUCGCCCAGUGCCCGACGUCGGUCCAGAAUGCAUUUGCCAAUGCUCUUCCCGCUGUCGUAGGAUCCGGCGGUGACACAAAGCUCGCUAGCUUGCUACUCAUGGAACGCGAGAGCGAUGAAACACAUGCCACACAAGCCACCUACAUUGUGCAUGCCCAAACGCUAUUGCUUCUUAUUAUCGACGCAGACUGGCGUUCAUCACCAACUUUGCCGUACUUGCUUUCUCGUGCGGUUGGAUUGGCCAAUUCGAUUAACCUAUGGCGAUACACUCCCGUCGAGUUGGUUUUGGAGUCCGACUCGGACUCAGAUGACCAGUUGUCAGUGCGGAUAUGGUGGUCAUUGAUCCUGAUGGACCGUUGGCAUGCUGUCGGCAAAGGAAAACCACCAAUGAUACCCAACAAUAGUACGGUCGCUCCUCCGGGCCUGGAGAAGAUUUUGGGAGACGUGUGCUUUUACCUUGCUCGACUCUCAAAGCUGCUUAACUGCCUGUGGCAAGCUAUCUUCACAUUGCAGCUGGGAAUGUCUACAACCGAGGAGAUAGUGGCACGCAUACUUGCAGACUAUGUUGAGAACUACCGAGAAGAUCUUCCUGCGCAUAUCUUGGCUACGUCGCAUCCCGUGGUGCAUCUAGCGUACUGGCACUGUAAGCUCAUGGUUGUGCUUUUGACACCAGGCGCUACGCCGACCGAAACGUUAUGGCCUACCAAGGAAGUGAUCAACCUUCUCUUUGCAAACGAGCACGUGCGCAGUCCACUCGUCAACCACUUUGUGUCUCUUAUCACGAUGUCUCUGGCGAAGCUUGUUAAGAUCGACAAGUCGCGAGAAGAAGCUACACAGUUGAUCAAGGACAUUGUGGAAAAGCCCAACGAAAUGUGGAAUGGUGUUCGCGACAAACUCUCAGAAUUCUUGCGUCCAACAUCGUCAGUGGAAGCGGCAGCGAGCCAAGGCCUUCAACACCUGGCAGAUCUUGCCACAGCACACGAGGGCAUCGCACCGGGAGGUGAUGAUAUCUCAUUUGGGCCAUCUUUGGCAUCAGGGUAUUUGGAUAUGGCGUAGAGCAUUAUUCAAAAAACACAACAAGAGCUGUACACACACGUGUGAAGAGUCGAUGACCAUUCCUAGGCAAUGGGACUUGUAUGAUUAUUAUUCCCCUUUUUGGUAUUUGUUAAACCGGGGUAACGGAAAAUGCGGAACGAUGACGGUAGAUGAUAGUGCCAAGCUUGUGCCAUAAACGAUGGCGUUUGGUUUUGUUGAGGUACUAUUUUGAUAGUUACAGAUCAAUUUUGAUAUUCGUAAUCCCAUACUUGUCCUAUCACAAAGCUGCAUAGCCGAAGUUCAAC